GCUGGUCUCCGUGCAUCGCUGGCAGAAGCUUCCCACGGUCCACGGCACGCUUACCUCUUCCUGCAUCGCCCCGUGCCUCCGUGGGCGCCAGUCGCAUAUUCGCCAGCAGGCUUCCCUUUUGAUGCCUCCGGCUUCCCUCCCCUUCCACUCCAAUCAGCAGCUGAUCUGUACCCCGCGCCGAGAGGGAGCCCGCGACCGCGCGAGAGGGGCCGCGCCGGCGCAUCGGCUGCUCUUUCCUUCACUCCAAGAGCAGAGCAGUAAACACAUCCGGGGGCGUCCCGCAAUAGAAUACAGCAGCGGGUUGCCGUCGCCAUUGGCGCGGUGCGUGCGAGCCCGAGCCGUGCGACGCAGCGCAGGCAGGGACCGGGGAGAGAGAGAGAGAGACGAGAAGCAAGCGAAGCGAAGGAGGGGAGCUUUUUAGCGAGCGCGGCCGCGGAUCGCGGAGGCUGUAUAUAUAGUCGGAGGGCGCGCGCUCCGGUCCGGUAACGUGACGUGCUGCAGGGGGGCGCAGGGCAGGAUUAGGCAGGGCCGGCCGGACCGCCCGUCCAGGAGCCAGGGACUUUCGUUCGGCCAUGGGGGACGGUGGUGCUGACGACGCCUCCUCGCCGCCGCCGCCCGGGGGCUUCUCCUACCUCGCCGUCUUCCACAACUACCCCCUCGUCGCCGCCCUGCUCGGGUUCGCCAUCGCGCAGUCCAUCAAGUUCUUCGUCACAUGGUACAAGGAGAACAGAUGGGAUCCCAAGCAGCUUAUCGGCUCUGGCGGCAUGCCAUCAUCACAUUCUGCCACGGUUACAGCACUAGCAGUAGCGAUUGGGUUCCAAGAUGGCUUUAAUUGCUCCCUCUUUGCAACAGCAACUAUAUUUGCAAGUGUGGUAAUGUAUGAUGCUUCUGGUAUCAGAUUGCAUGCUGGAAAGCAAGCAGCGGUAUUGAAUCAAAUAGUUUGUGAACUUCCUUCUGAACAUCCCUUGUCCGAAACAAGACCACUGCGAGAACUUUUAGGCCAUACACCAACCCAGGUGAUUGCUGGCGCUUUGCUUGGGUGUACGAUAGCCACAGCAGGACAAUUAUUCGUUUGAACUCCUAAGGUGCAGCAGAAAUGUUGUAGCAUUUGUUUCGUGGAGACUUGAGAAGAAGUUUCUCUAGUGUUCUGCUACUUUAGAUAUUGGUAAGAUUUGCAACUUGGUGCUGUAGUGUUGUUGAAUGUUGUAAGUUCUGAUGGAAGGUGAUUAUAUGUCAAGGUGAUGUGCACAGGAUUGUUGUACAGAACAUUUGUUCGAUAAUGUCAUGGUUAUGAUUGAUGAAAUCUAAAAUGUGAUUAGAACAGUGAUGAUUUGUGACCA